AUGAUAAUAGACGGCGAGAAGUGGGCUUGUGAAUCCUGCGUGAGAGGACACAGGGUCAGCAACUGUACUCAUGCAGACCGUCCUUUGCAGCACAUCAACAAGAAAGGCCGACCAGUCUCACAAUGUCAACACUGCCGAUCCCAGCGCCGCUCGAAGUCGGCCCACGUCAAGUGCGACUGUGGCGAGAAGACGAGCAAGUGUGUGCACCUGCAGCCAACCCUCGAGGGUCACCGGGAUAGCUGCUGUUGCAACCAUGGAGGACGGUGCACCUGUUCGCACAAGAAGGAGCAGCCUCAUCUCGACACCGUUCCCGAGUCCGAUUCCGACCAGGAGACGACAUCGAGCUCCAGCACAAAACCAUCCUCCAAGAUUGUGAGGAAUCGUCGGUCACGCGCGAGCACGCAGAACUCGGAUGGAAUGUUGCAGUUCGAUGAGAAUGGUCACCACAAGCCCACCUACAAGCAUGCGAAGCCCCAUCAGACGUCUGGCCCGUACCAACUUACCCGCGGCCACUCGGCCCAGGGUGCUGACAGCGGCUGCAAUCGCUCGAUGGAGGACCUGGCUAACAGCCCGUCGAGCGCCGAGACCGGAAGCAUGCCACAAGCCCAGGACCAGCGCCUGACGAAAUCCGAGACUGCCUCGCCAUUAAUGACCGGAUCCUCUGUCGCACAGUCGAGCACAUCCCUCCCUCCACUGGAUCUGUCUUCUGUCCAGGGUUGGCCCUCAUUCACGAGCAGCGGUUUCGACAUGUUUGGAAAUAUGGAUGAUCUGGAACCUCCAAUUGUCAGUGCGGGACUGAGUGCUGCAUCUGUCGAUUGGGGUCAGUACGGCCUCGGCUUCGACUCCAAGGAUGUUGGCAGCUUUGCUCCCUCGAGUUACAGCCAGGCCCCGAGCUUUGGCGGCUUUGAUCAGCCCUCUACAAUGACAUCUGGUGAUGUCUCGGAAGUCGAGGACCUGGUUCCCUCGGCUGCCGACGAUUACGAUCCUAUGGGGACCUUCAGCCGCACCAACACGUCGAGCUCGGGUUUCAGCUUUAGGCCGUCCCAGGAGAAUCUCGCUGGCUCUGUGGGCCUGAGCAGCAGUGAUUUCGACUUCAACAAAAUCAACAAGGAAUUAGACGGAGAGAAAUACUACGACUCAGCUGUCCCACUCAUCAACGAGGACCCCUCUAUCGCUGCUACCAUCACCACGCAGGAGAUGUCUGGUUUCGUUCAGGACGAUCCUAUCUUCUGGCAGAUGCGCGAGGGUGAUCUGGACUACACGAACCCCCUUCUCGUGCCAGACGCCAGCGUUCCCAAUUUCUGGAGCACCGCAUAGUGUGCAAACUAAGGGCCUAUGCUUAUGAGGAGGAAACCAGAACUGGUCUGGGGCUCAAUCUUUGUUGUUGAGGAUCGGCUUCCCACAGUUUGGUGGGACGCUCAAGUCACAGCCGUGGGGCAGAAAAAGCGGAUGACUUUCCCCCAGACCAUCUGGAAUCAGGACAACAUCUGAAUCAAACGGAAUUAAUGGCGGCAACUUUUGCAGUCAAAGUUAUCGUGUCAUCUCAAACAAAAUCCAUCUAUCUUUUUUCAAGGCAGCCGCAAUUGCCUUGUAUAAUGUUUGACGACAUAUAUGGCAUUUUCUUCUGAAAGAGAGAAGGGAUUAUUGCCGCUUCUUGUUCUUAGGCGCAAUGCAGCAUGGCAAUGGAGGGCCAGAAAGAAGCACGCAUUCGUUUUUUUCCAUGAACGACCAAUAGAGGGCACGAAUUUUGGGUAUAGACUAGAGCUGGAAAGGUCACAUAGGUGGCUGCAAUAGCUCUUGGGUACACACUAAAUCUGAGUCUGCUGGAAUAUCUGGCAGACACGAGAUACAAAAAAUAAAAAUAUUCAAAUUAAGUC